AUGAUGUUCUUAUCUGGUCAGUAUGAUCUUCUCGUGAACGUGGCCAUGACCGAGGCGUUUCUCAUGUCGGUCAACUGGAAGGGUUUGCUGGAAUACCGAGUCGCCGACAAGGUUGUGUGGCGAGUCAAACCGAAUGAUUCCGAACCUGCCGGAUAUGUCCGAAGAGCUAAGAACCUGUUCCAGGUUAUGGUUAGAGGAGCAGGGCAUGGCGUUUAUGAAGAACAACGCGAGAGAGUGUUUGACUUACUACAGAGAUUUAUUAAUGACACUCCCUUCUCAUAGCGAUCUGUUAUUGUCGCUGGUCUAGAACUUGUUAUGCUAGGGUCAGACUAUCAACUGUCACGACGAAUUUGGCCAACUUGAUGGUUGUGUUGUAAAUUUCUACCGACUUACGAUGGGUGCGCUCAGAUUAAUAAUUAAUCUGUCGUAGGAAUUGUAUACGACAAAAAUCGAGUUGUAAGAGCGUUCAUACUAGCAAUUGGGCAGUCGUAAGGUCGGCGAGUUGGCCAACUCCGUUGUGACAGUUGGUAGUUUGAGCCUAGCAUUAUGGGCCG